GCAGAAUGACCCUUGAAGUGUGGGCGAGCAUAUUUUUUCCUUUGUCAGAUUUUGAAGAGUGAAGCUUGUGUUUAGAAGUAGCCGCGGAUUUACCUUCAGCAAAGAUGUUCUCCGCGUUUAGUGAUCUUGCCCGUUCCAACCCUUUCCACAACCCAGCUCUUCCGAAGAAUGCCCCCAGCCGUUCUCUAGCCGCUGCGUCGGCUUCGUCGGGUCAGUAUAGCUGCGAGUACGGUUCCGCCAAAUAUUUUGCCCUGUGCGGCUUUGGUGGUGUGCUGAGCUGUGGUUUGACCCACACUGCUGUGGUGCCGUUGGAUCUGGUAAAAUGCCGUGUCCAGGUCGACCCGGCCAAAUACAGUGGCACAAUCAAAGGGUUCCAGAUCACGUUGGCCGAGGAAGGAGCUCGUGGCCUGGCCAAAGGAUGGGCUCCAACGUUUAUUGGAUACAGUAUGCAAGGACUGUGCAAGUUUGGAUUCUACGAAGUAUUCAAGAGCGUCUACUCUAACAUGUUGGGUGAGGAGAAGACGUAUUUAUGGCGCACGAGUCUCUACCUAGCUGCAUCAGCUAGUGCCGAGUUCUUCGCUGAUAUCGCUCUUGCACCAAUGGAGGCUGUCAAGGUCAGAAUCCAGACUAAGCCAGGUUGGGCAAACACGUUACGUGAAGGUGUACCCAAGAUCUGGAACCAGGAAGGUCUGGGCGGAUUCUACAAGGGCUUGCCCCCGCUCUGGCUUCGCCAGAUCCCCUACACAAUGAUGAAGUUUGCUUGCUUUGAGCGCACGGUGGAGGCUCUGUACAAGUAUGUUGUACCCAAGCCGCGCGCACAGUGCUCAAAGUCGGAGCAGCUGGUGGUUACGUUUGCGGCUGGAUACAUUGCCGGUGUGUUCUGUGCGGUGGUGUCGCAUCCCGCCGAUACUGUUGUGUCCAAGCUGAACUCGGCCAAGGGCUCCACAGCUGUCCAGGCGGCAAAGGAGCUGGGCAUGGCCGGCCUCUGGAAGGGCCUUGGGCCGCGUAUCAUCAUGAUCGGUACGCUCACCGCUCUACAGUGGUUCAUCUACGACACGGUCAAGAUCACAUUCCGCUUGCCACGUCCACCACCGCCCUCCAUGCCCGAGAGCCUCAAGCGCAAGCAGGAACAAGCAUAAACUUGCGGAUACUGCACGCGAGUUGACCGACUCCACUCCUCAUUUCUAGUGACGGACGAGUCCCAUUAGGAAAAUCCAUUGGUUUCUCUUUUCUUCUCUCCUUUUAUGCAGCAUAGGCCUCCUCUUAUUCUUCCAAUAUUUAAUUUCCAUCCCAUGCGCCAACUAUUUUAUGAGAUGUGCGUGAGUGCGUGCAUGUAUGCGUGUGAUUACUGGACAUGCACACGCACACACCACGCUCACUCUAUUCCUAGACGCUGUUUGUUCUGUCAAGAUAAAAUAUCACCACAAGGGUUGCGAACAGCCUAGUUUUAACUAGUGGUAUGGAUUUUUUGGUUUUUUGUUUCACGGGUUGUGAGAAUGACGUGGAUUUCAUGUUUUUAAAAAAUCUUCACGCGUUCCUAGA